CCUGGGGCGAGCCUCUGAGCUGUCUCGUCGAAAAGCGAAAACCUGAGGCCUAGGCCGUUUGCACCAUCGACCUCGCUGUUUCUUGGCUGCAAUGGCCAUGGUCCCCGGCCUAAGAGCCUUUGGGGUGAAGGGGACCAGCUGGCUCUGGCGCAGCCGGUUGGCCCCUCUCUCCGCCGGCUUCUGCAGCCCGGGGUCAGCAGCAACCGCGCGGCCGGAGUCGGAGCCACGGCCCACUAGCAUGCGACAGCUGGACGGAAUCAGGAACAUUGUCUUAAGCAAUCCCAAGAAGAGGAAUGCGCUGUCACUGGCCAUGCUGAAAUCUCUCCGAAGUGACAUCCUUCAUGAAGCUGAAAGCAAAGACCUGAAAGUCAUUAUAAUUGCAGCUGAGGGCCCUGUGUUUUCUUCUGGGCAUGAUUUGAAGGAGCUGACAGAUGCACAAGGCCGCGAUUAUCACACUGAAGUGUUUCAGACCUGCUCUGAGGUCAUGAUGCUGAUACGGAACCAUCCGGUCCCCAUCAUUGCCAUGGUCAAUGGCUUGGCCACAGCUGCCGGCUGCCAGCUUGUUGCCAGCUGUGACAUUGCUGUGGCGAGCGACAAGUCCUCUUUUGCCACUCCUGGGGUGAAUGUGGGGCUUUUCUGCUCCACCCCUGCGGUUGCUCUGGGGAGAGCAGUGCCCAGGAAGGUGGCCCUGGAGAUGCUUUUUACUGGGGAGCCCAUUUCUGCUCAGGAGGCCGUCCGCCACGGCCUCAUCAGCAAAGCGGUCCCAGAGGGGCAGCUGGAGGAAGAGACCAUGAGAAUAGCGAAGAAGAUUGCCUCUUUGAGCCGCUCCGUGGUGGCAUUAGGCAAGGCUACCUUUUACAAACAGCUGUCCCAAGACCUUAGAACAGCAUACUACCUUGCUUCCCAGGCCAUGGUGGACAACCUAGGCCUGCAGGAUGGGCAGGAAGGAAUCGAGGCCUUCAUCCAGAAGAGAAAGCCGGUCUGGUCACAGUGAGCCAGCAUGAGAAGCGCUGAGCCGAUGGCCGGAGUUAGGAAGUCGCCCGCCCUUCUUCUCAAUCCAAUCACGCUCUUGGUGGUAAGAGAAGCCAGCCAGCCAGCCUUUCUGACUCUGGUACUGGCUUCCCAGUGGGUGGUCUACAUUAAAAGCCAUGAUUCUGUGGGAAAUGAAUACAGGGAGUCAAUGAAGUGCUGGUCAGUGGCCAGGUCAGUGAGCACUGAGGUAUGCUGGCUGUGACAGAAAGCCCGGUACCUGACAGAGCCUGCGGCACCAGAUGUGAGGUGCUACCCGCACACGGGUGACAGGCAAGUGAGGCCUGAAGCGGGGAUACCACCCCCCUCUCCUGUACUUUCCUUAAGGUGGAGUCUGUUCUGGUUGCUCAUGACAAGUUGAACGUUUCAAAUCUCCAUGAGAUCAUCACCACACUGAAAAUCUUCUUGAUUCUAUCAGGAAAUAAUCAUGCCUGUGGCUUUGGAAUAAUCUAAUGUGAUCUGAAUAAAUCAAAUAUUUAUA